AUGAAGUCGUCAAUCCCUCUCACUCUUCUCAGCUUGGCUCCAUACAUGGCUGAAGCCCAAAAGAGUACCACCAAGUACAGCAGCACAACCGUCUUUAUCCCCCCUGUAAAGACUGGUUCUGCGACAAACAUCUACGCCUCCAUCAUCACAUCAGACGACAGCAGCACAGAAUACCUUCUCGGCUGCCAGACAGCGCUUCAUGCGUCAACAUACUCCUGCGACAAUGACUUUUCAGGCAUUACCUACACCCGCUACAAGUCCAGCAUGGACGUCAAGUUUGGUGUGACGUCGUUUGGGUGUGAAACAGGCAAUGACCGAGCUAUCUGCGCUACCAAGACUGCCACAGGGGAUGCAGAGACGAGAACUCUUGCAUCAUCUGAGAGCUCGCUUUGGAUGACGGCCAUCACGUUCGUUGAUGUCAAGAAGAGAAAGACAACUUCUACCCAGGCAAAAGAGACUGGUUCAUCAAGUCCUAAGCUGUGUAAGCGAAAGGUUCGCGAUCAUGCCAAUAGCGGAAGCGAUAGUGGAAGCGACAGUGGAAGUGGCAGUGGAAGUGGUAGCGGUAGUGGCACUGGUAGUGGUAGCACCAGUAGUGGCGAUACUGAUGCUGACGCUGAUGGAGAUUCUGGAUCAACUACCAACAAGAAGCCUCACAACAACAACGACGACGACAAAGACUGCUCAGCUGCUUCAGUCGCAUCGCUGAGUUGGGCUGCCUUGGCCAUGGGUCUUGGAGGUUACCUUGGGUUGAAUCUGGCAUAG